ACUAACCAAGAGUGCAGCGGGAAAAAGCAUUUUCAGUUCCUCGGUUCAAGCUGAAGCGUAACAAACUGCAGCAUCCUUUAAAACAUAUCGUGUAGUCGGUGUCACCAGGAAACUGUUGGAGCAACCAUCGGACGCUCGGGGAAUAAUUUCACCUGCUCUUCUGGCCUACCGUUGGAAAGUGAUUGCGGUUGGAAAAGCGUCCAAUUCGAGCUUGUGUUAGCUCUCGCGCGUCCGGGCGCUCCAUACUUCGGCGUCGGUGGUGGGCUUUUGUUAUUAUUUUUGUAAAUGGAAAUGGAAAAUCAUACCAGUUGCGCCGAUGCUCAUCGAGAUCCUUGCCAAGUUGCCUCCUAGAGCGGUUCACUUCGGGGAGGAGCGUGUUUGUGCCAAAAAACGUGAAGAGUGAGUAGUGUCUAGUGUGUGGCAGUGAAAAUUAAAAGCCCGGGCCAGGCCACAAGUAGAAAAAGUGUACAAAAUCGCAAAGGAGUGGUUCAAACAAAUUACGCGUGUGGAAAGGUCGUGUUCUGAUUUUUAAUUUCAAUCGAAUGUGUUAAGAAGCAGAGCAAAGUAAAAGAGCCAGUUAAGAAUCCCGGUGCGGCCCCCCCGUCUAACAAUCGUUCUCAAAUCAUGGCGCGGAAGAAAGGUUCCGGGAAAGGAAAAUCCGCUGGCCGCAAGACAAACCCGGAUAUCAAGCAGACGGAGAAAAAGACGGACGCCAAAGUGAAAGAUGAUCCCGGAGGUGGAGGUGCGCGAGGUGGGAAGGCGGCGAUGGAGAUACCCAACCAUCGAAGCGAAAGCAAAUUAAGGCAACAGUCCAACGGUGGCGAUGGAGAGCCGGCCAAACUGACCUCCGCCGAGACGGGGCGACGGGGCGGUGGUGGUGGAGUGACGGGAAGCGAGCGCGCGGAAAGCAACGCGGCCACACGGAACACGUCACCGGCGACGAGUAACAAUAACAAUAACAGUAGUAGUAUGUCCCGCCUUCCUGCGCCGGCGACGACGACGACGACGGUGGCAAGCAGUGGAGGUGGUGCACCGUCGGACCUCAAGUACCUGCAUAAAAAAUUCAAACGUAUUGCCAGUGCCACCGUUACGGAGGAAGACGACCAGAAGCAGCGGCAGACCGUACAGGAAAGGGAGCCAGAGAGCGCCAAACUGGCGGUGCGGGAACCUGCGACGGGAAACUCGUUUCUAGCGUCGUCCACCCCACAACAGCAACAACAGCUGCUGGUCCCGUUGGUACGUCCAUCCGCCACGGUGGCACCACUCAUUUCCCACCCCACACCACCACCGUCUUCCAGCGUGUCGCGGCCAUUAGUGCCAAGCGCUUCCCCCCAUCAACAACACGCCAGUGGCGAUAGGAGUGUCGCUUGCGGUGACCCUCCCGGUGACGAAUCUACCAAAAUUGUAGCCGUACGGACACCGAGUGGUGGCGGCGGCGGUGGAGGAGGAAGCGGAGGAGCAGGAGGUUUCAAUUCGGCGAGUGGAGGUGGAGUUCCGACGGACAAUACGCUUUCGACUGCCCGAGCUGAUAGGGAAGCAUCUGCGGCGGUCGCGGCAUCGUCCGCGGCCCUUAUCGGUUCAAACGCCGGCUUCGAUUAUCGCCAGCAGCAGCAACAACAACAACAGCAGCAACAGCUACAGCACCAAUAUCAUCAACUCCAUCCCUCGCUGCAUCCUGGAGUGGCCACUGUUGCCGCCUUCCAGCCCCAGCCGCUGUUGCCCCAGCAUCAUCAUCAUCAUCAUCACCAUCCCCAGCCCCACCAUCUGCUGUAUCAUCAUCAUCAGCAGCAGCCGCACCAGGGGCUGCCACCCCAACAACAAACCAGUGCAAACAGUGCUAGCGGUAGCAGCAACAACAGUAGUAGUAGUAGUAGUACUAGCAUAAGCGGUAGCAUUAGUAAUAGUAACAACAGUAGCAGCAGCGGCGGCGGUGGCGGCAAUGUGUUGUUGCUUCCACAAUCGGCCAUAGAGGGAGCAGCGGCGGUAACGUCGUCGUCGUCGUCGUCGUUGUCGUCGUUGUCGUUGUCAUCUGCUCCUGCUGCUAUCAGUGAUAACUGUGAUUUAAGUGUAGCGAAUAAGCUCGCCAAAUCGCCCUACUCACCGCUCGGUGGUGGCGCAGUUCAGUACAUCGUGGCCUAUCCGCAACAGCAGCAGCAGCAGCAGCAGCGGGCAGUGGAUGGAACGUUGCUGCUGCCGAUCACGAGCGAGAAGCUAAAGUAUCACUCCGCCCUGCACUACGCGAACGGUGCACAGCCGCCGUCGCAUCGUGGUCUAUCGUCGUCUUCCGGCGGAUCGUCCGGUUCGCCGUCCCCUCCGAGCUCCGUUAUCUCCAACCUGGGAGCUACCAGUGGUCACCACUUCGCAGCGGUGAGCAGCAGCAGCGCAACGACGUCCGGUGCGGCCGUCGGCGGUGGUAGUGCACCUGCCAAUACGGCCGUCGUUGCCCCGGGACCACCGGGCCGGUACGUUUGUCCGUACUGUCAAAUGAACUGCAGCAAACCGUCGGUGCUGGAGAAGCACAUCCGCCGGCACACUAACGAGCGACCUUUCAAGUGCGACCUGUGCGGUAUCGCCUUCAAGACGAAGAGUAAUCUCUACAAACACCGUCGCUCACGUGCACACGCAUCCAAGAGUCAAUGUGAGGACCCCAACGGCGACGAGGACGGUGGUUCCCUAGGGGGAUCCGAUAUCGAUGACAAAGAGCUCAGUAACAGUGGGUCAGAAAUUAUGAACUACCGUAGCUCACCGAUGGACGAACGGGUCCAUUCGCCACAGCAGUUGCUGGUGGAAAAGCCGUACAAACCGAAGUUCCACAAUGCGGCUCUGUACGCGAAGGUAGAGAGCAAACCCGUGGCCACCGUCGGGCCCGUGGGAGGAGGUUCGCAACAGCUCCUAAACGCUGCGGCAGUUACUGCUUCAGUGAACCCUUCAGUGUCACACUACUUGAACGGUCAAAACGUGGAAUCGCUCGAACAACACAUUUCCAAGCUGAUCUCCCAGAACGAAGCGAUCGUGGAGGUGGUCGAGGCACCGUUGCAGAAAAAAUACCACAAAAUAACCGGCAUCAGUCGGGGUAUUUCGGUCAGUGGCACUUCUUCUUCCCACUCUCCCUUCACACAAUCAUCUCCGGCCGCAGUCCCAAACCACCAUACCACCAGCGGUGUUUCCAGCAUUCCGACGCAAAAUUCGCAGCCCCUGGCCUCUACACAGGAUACAGCUGAAUCGCGACUGGCCAUUGCACUGCAACAGAAGCGACAUGCCGAAGAACAGCAGAUCAAGCACCAGAUACAGAUGCAACAGAUGCUGCAAGUGCAACACCAACAACUUCCGCAUCAACCAUCGUACGUUGCCACUUAUAGCCAUCUUCCCGGGCAGCAAAGUGUGAUAAACCUUACCAACAGGCCGGUUGUGACACCGAAGUCGGCUCUAGGCUUGCAACAGCAGCCACAGCCCCAGCCGUUAGCAUCGGUUGUUGUGGUGAAUGGGAUCCUUCCUACGGGUACUCCAACCCCGCCAUCAAGUGGCUCGAUGGAGAGUGCUUCCGGCAACACUGUCGUAGCUCGGGGUAAUCAGCACAAUAACGACGGUGGCAACUCGUACCAACCAUUGAACCUUACAAAAGUUAUCGUUCAGGAACAGAUUCCUACAAGCAACACCAGCAUUACUGUUCCGUCGAGUUCGAUGCAAUCCACGGCGCCGCACACGCUGCCACCAGAAUCGGAAGAUGGACAAGCAGCUAUUCAGCAGCAUCCUUUGCCACCCUAUCGGAAGCGCACACGCGAGCAAUCGUUAGAAAUGCAGCUUUUGAAUGUCCCUAUUUCAACGACGGCCGCCGAGGUGGUAGCUGCUUCAGUGUCCAUUGCAACGGCAACGACAACGACCUGCUCGACAACUACUCUUCCCGUUUCGACGACGGUUUCAUCCGGUGCGUCGACGACCGUGAGUGCUUCUCAACCACCGCACGUUCCCCUUCACAUUCAAGUGUCCAGCGGAAGCGGUCACAGACCAACGCCAACCCCUACCCCACCCCUGACGAUAACGAACCACCCGCAAAACCCGGAACGUUCCAUCAUCAAGGAUCUACUGCUGAAUUCGCGCGCCUUCGGAGUGGUACAAAACCCGGACGGUGAAAAUGGCGAAAGCCUGUACACCUGCAAGAUGUGCAACGUGUCGUUCCGGGAUGUGGAUUCACUGAAGUACCACAUGAUCUGCUACUGCCAGGGUAAUGGCAGCCCGUCAUCGUCCAGCGCACCGAUCAGUCCCGUUGGAUCUCCGUCCGCGGCCGCGGCGUCGUACAUUCGUUCACGCUCGGUAAGCAGCCUGAAGCAGCUGGCACGAUCUUCGCUGAACCCACCGCCCGCAAGGACACCGGCGUCACUGACUAGGCUCGCAAAAUCGCAACUGACGCGUCCGAGGACAAAGCCGGAAAACAUUUCGCUCCCAGCGGAUUCCUCUUCACCGUCGUCUUCUUCUACACUGUCGUUAGGAGCGAGUAGUUCGUCUGGCUCGUCGAGGGGAACCGUUGUGGAUAUGGUGCAAAACCCCUUACCCUCACCGGGGCCACUGCUAGGAAACACCCGGUUAGUAGAUUCCCAUCGUACAGAUUCGGGAAAACCGCAGCAGAAAGCCAUCGGAACAGACAAUGAAGUGUCGCUAACGAAGAGAGCUCGUGUAGGAGUGAUGGAAUCUUCUGAGCAUGCUAGUACCAGCAACCAAAAGCCACAUCACCCCGCCUCGAGUGUGGGACACAAUGCUCUUCAGUUGUUCGGUGGCGAAGUGGAAGUGGUCGCGAGGAAAGCAACCUACGAAGACGAAGCUGCCAAAUUAUCGUCGAACGUCGCCUCCUCGACGUUGCCUGUGCACCGGUACACUGGUCCCGGUGCUACGUAUACCCAGACUUUGGGUGGAGGGAUGGAAAUAGAGGACGAAGAGGCGCAUCAACGCGCGCUACACUAUCGGCAGACGCUGCAUUCCGGCAGCACACUGAUGGAGCUUGCUAGGACGGAAACAUCCACUGGUCAGUCGGUUCCGCCAAAAGUGACCGCCACUACACCGACACAUUUCCAAUUUCCACCGAUCAAUUCCAUCACCGCUUUUAAUCCGCUGACACUUCCUGCGGUUCCUGCGCCACCGCCCGGUCAAGCCUCGCAAAUUGUACAUGGCGGAAAGCUUAUUCCCUUCGUGCAAGGAAUGCCGGGUCCGAACACACUUUCGUCCGUUGGACACACCGUGGAACUGCUGCACUCAUCGAUGGAGAAAAGACCCGAUCCGAAUUCCCAGUCACUGUUGACUAUCGUCGUUCCUUCGGGAGCAGGAAAUGCUCCUUCCUUACCAACGGCCCAUCCGUUGGCUAGUUCUCUACUGGCCAUUCAGCAACCUGGGGUGGUAGCCAGCAGCUCUUCGUCGUCGUCGCGUGUACACUUGGAAGCACCUUUGAAGAAACAAUCUUUGGGUGUCCCGAAGAAUGGUCUUUCGACGCGCGAAAUAUGGUCCCCAGCGAAACAACAGCAACAGCAGCAGCAGCAGGUGCUGCAACACCAGCAGGCCGACUUUAGCAGUCCCUCACCGACGCAGGCCGUCCCUAGGAAAAGUUUCAAUUUCACCCGUAUGGCGGACAAUGUAAGCCCUCGAAAAAAGUCGGACAUACCAUUGUUUUUAGGCGGCGCAGAAUCUAAAUCGAAGCCCGAGGAAAUACGUUACUUCAACUUCGAAACAAUGAUAUCCUCGUCGGAGAUUAUGAUCAAGCCUCCACCACCUCCUCCACCACCAUCGGCCACCGUGGCUCUUAUGGUGGACACUUCGUCGUCGGUGGCAACCUCACAAGAAUCAACCAAUGCAGCCGUCCCUGCUUCACCGCGGCCCAAUAAAUUUCUCCGACCAAAUUCGUUGCCACUGAAGCCGGGUACAUUCACCCCAAAGCGGCACCACGGCAUAACACCGACGAACAACACGAUGCCACUGAUAUCUCCCGAAACCCCGCGACCUUCGAAGAGUUGCCGUGAGCUGUACUUCAACGGGCACGCUUACACCAACAUUGGACUGAAGUCUAGCACGAAGCCAUUCUAUUGUACCGUCAACAAAACGCAACCGUUCUACUUCCAAACGCAGAAGCAACUCUCGAUGUACAGCAACUGGCAGGUGCAUCCGGAAAACGAUCCACACCCGCUUGGCCUGAGGCAGGUGACCGUGAUGGCGCUGUACGAUUCCAACCACCACCGCGAUCGAAAGUACUCGAUCGCCGGUCCGCGGAAAGUUCCGCUCGCAAUCGUCGGAAGUCGUCCGGCUGGAGGCAAUAUCGUUUCGUGCGUUUCCAGCGAGGGACAGGUACGCGUUUCACCAAUGGAGGUCAAAUCAAACGUGCCCUGUCCACCGGCUUAUGUCCUAGCGACGCUGGCCGCGCAACAACCGUCUAUGGCGACCCUUCACCCUCCGACGCGUUAUUCUCGUGAGUCGCCCUCACCGGGGCUUCAGUAUAGCGAGAAAUCAAAAUCUUCCAUCGAUCAGACAGUUCCUAGCGCUGAUUCGGCGCUUAUGAUGGUGACCACUAGCGGUGGGGGAUCGCGUCACGCAUCGAGGAGUGCUUCCGCCGAACGGGCGCUAUCGGGAGGGUUUGAGAGCACGGAGGAGUACACGUACGUAAGGGGUCGCGGUCGGGGGAAGUAUGUGUGCAAUGAGUGCGGUAUCCGCUGCAAGAAACCGUCGAUGCUGAAGAAGCACAUUCGAACACACACCGACGUUAGACCGUAUUCUUGCCAGUAUUGCAGUUUCCACUUCAAAACGAAAGGCAAUCUUACGAAACACAUGAAGUCGAAGAGUCACUUCAAGAAGUGCACCGAGCUAGGACUCAAUCCAGUGCCUGUGCACGUCGACGACGAUGGUGGCGACAUCGAUAUCGAGGGCGAUCAGCAGUCGGUCUCAAGCGAACGCACAUCGACGAUCCCGGGUGAUUCCGAUACGGCCACCGAUACCGACGGUGAUGAAACGGAUGAUAGUGAUGAAAUGAAGAGUCGUCUAACGGAGCACGAAGCUGCAGAGGGACUUCUUUCACUCUCAAUGACAAGACCAACGUCAGCAUGCAGUAGUUUGGGAACCGGGCAGCAGCAUUCCGCCGGCGGGGGCAAUUCGGAGCCGACUGCAGCGGCCGCAGCGGCCUACAUCUCGCAGCACAUAUCGUCGUACCUAACGCCAGAGCAGCAACAAAGUCACGGCCUACUGUAUCCAACUACGUCACCAAAUCCUUCACAUUCUCCAAUGAUGAUGAACGUUCAGCAACAGCAACAGGUGGAUUCAGCAGGCCAUGCAAAGCUGGACAGUGGUGGUGGUGCAAGCCUACCUCGGCGGAUCAUUACCUAUGGCAAUGGGCCAAAGCUGGAAUUCAAUCUGCUGAAACAUGAGCAGUACUAUUCUGAUCCGAACCUGGGUAGCAAAAAGAAGCGCGAACACGAGCGCAACGCGUUCCCAACGGCGAGUGAUGAAGCGGCGCGUGCGGGUGAUGCCGACGAUGAAGAUGACACUGCAAGGCCGAUCGAUUUGACGAAGAAACCAAGGCAUCAACAGGCGGCCAAGGCAUCAACUGGCAGUGCGUCUUCGCAACCGUCUUCCUAUCAUCAAUACGAUGACCGUCCGAGGAGCGACCAUCAGACGAGUCAGAGUCAGACGCAGCCACUCGCAAUGGUUACACCGCCCAAUUCCCAACAACUAUCGGUGGGUGGUCAGCAUCAUCCAAUGAUUCGUCCGCUCGAUCGUGAGCAACUGGCACUGCAUCAGCAAAUGUACGAGAAUCGACUACGAGAACCGGUGACGCAGCAGUUGGAGCAACAGCAACCCCAACCGCAAGUGAUUGUGCGAGUAUCGGAUGUGUUGACACCGAUCAGUGGAGCCGCAAACUUGCUCACCACACUGGUUUCAAACACGGAUAAAAUUCCGAUGAUUGUCGCACCAUUCGAGCCGUCUGUUGGAACCACUCCCGGCGGUGUCGAUGAGAACUCCUACUUCCACGAGUACCUCAAAGAGCGAGCCCUACAGGAUACGCGCAUCAAGCAGAGUCAGAUGAAGCCCGGAAGCAGUAUCGUUAUGCGCGAACAGCAACACUCUCAACCACCUGCUGCGCCGCCGCAAUUGCAUGGCCAGUUGGCACAGGAACAGAUCCGAUACAAUGUGCAACAACACCAGAUUCUUCUUCAGCCCCGCUACGAAGAUGCACACGCUCCGGCAAGCGCUAAUAACCCCGGUUUGGUUGCUCAGGCGCCACUAGCUACCAAAGCAACUCCACCCCCAGCAGCACUACCCCCCGUGGCCGCUGCCACCGGAACAACUAUUACCCCUUCGGCUGCUGCCGCUACCAUCCCGCCACCUUCGACCGAGCGAGUGUAUCGCAUAUUUAGUGGCAAAAACGAACGACAUAGAGUUUCACCAACGACGGAACCGGCGGCAAGGAGUAUUCCGGCGAGUCAAACCAACGAAAUUAAUGUUUGUUCAUCGGUGGUCACAAAUAGCACUAGUAGUACCGCCGCUUCCUUACGAAUGCUGAGCAACGAGUGUCCGCUGGUUUCGGAAAAUGCAUCGCCCAUGGAUACACUCGCUGAGAUCGCCGCCGGUUCGGUGAAACUCGACGUGUCCAAGGUGCAGCAGCUCGUGCCGGAACCGUCGACCAUCGCCGCACUCACAGUGAUGCCAACACCGGCUACGGUUACACCGAACGCUCGUUCGCGGUGCAACAGUUUCAGUUCCAACGCGAAGGUGGCCCCACAACACCCAGUACCAGAAAGUGCCAAAAAUCUUGCCUCCGAAUAUCUAAAGCUGGCCCAAUCGGUCACGAGUGGCGGUGCGAUGCGUAAGCGGGCGGACAGUGAAAGUGCUAGCGGUGGUGGAAUAUCCGAUCACGAAAUGUCGCCCAUCACCCUGGUCAACCCCCCACCCCCGAUUGCACCAGCCGUACCGGUUUUACCAGCAACAAUGCAGCAGCAGCAGCAACAACAACCGCCGCCUACUGGUGCAUCGGUGACCGGAAGUGGAACUGGGUCAACCGUUGUUGGUUCAUCCGUUCCGGGGGUGGAAGUGGCAGCCGGUGGUGGUUCGGUCAUGGGUCCGGCACGGAAGGUUGUCGUCGUCGGAGAGGAUGGAUUCAAGAAAACGGUUGGAGGAGGCCGACCGGUGGCGAGCGCUGGUGGAGAGUUCGUUGGAACACCGCCCAACGCGUUCACACCUUCCAUGCACCAGGAGGAUGGCGGGCGGCCGGUGUGCGAGAUUUGCAACAAAAAGUUCCACAAACUGUCCCAGCUAAGCAUCCACAUGAACAUCCACUACAUGGAGCGCAAGUACCGCUGCGAACCGUGCGGCACGAGUUUUCGCUCGCAAGGACUCUACCUCAAGCACGAACGAUCGGCAACGCACCGUAACAAGGUUUCCAUGACGACGACGUUCGGUGUGGCAACGGAUACGAACCCGCGCCCAUUCUACUGUCGGGACUGCGAGGUAGGCUUCCGCAUUCACGGGCACCUGGCAAAGCAUUUGCGUUCGAAAAUGCAUGUCCUCAAGCUGGAAUGUCUCGGUAAGCUACCGUUUGGGACGUACACCGAAAUCGAACGAUCCGGCACAAACCUCACCGAGAUCGAUACGUCCGAUUGCGAAAAUUCGCUCUCGAGCUUGAAACGGCUAGCGGUGCGGCUGAACGUCAAGGAUCCGGCGAAGGUCCUCCCGGCAGGAGGUGGUAGUAGUGCCAGCUCCAGUAGCUCAAGCAGCGGGGCAGGAGGAAUAAUGGGCGGUGGCGGUGGUACCAGUGGCAAUGAAACGGACAGUUGCGAUGAUAACUUCGGUAUGGAGAAUGGCGAAGACGAAUCCUCCCCGUCCGGUGGAUCCAAAGACGACACGACUCCCGGUGGCGCACAAGGAACUCCGAUGACCAACGGAGGAGGAAAGGAUGGUGCAUUGGAGGCUGCUGCUUCCACGCCGUGCAAUGGGGGAGGGGAAAUGCGCAAUAUAAACAACAACGUGAAGCGAAAGAUGGACGACUUUUCCUCGCCGGCAAUGGUUGCGGAAGAUGUGGCAACGUGCAGCACGGCGACGGCAAAUAUCGUGUCGGAAGCAAAGCGACCCCGAUAUAGCUUAGAGUUGCUGGAUGCACGCGCCGGAAACUCCGGUGGCCCGCAGGAAGAAAGAGAAGGAGGUGUUGCCACGUCCACUAGCUAAGAAUAACGCGGCGGCGAUAGAAGGUGAUGUCCCCGUGGGUGAGUGCCAAUAAUUGUAAAUCCUAUGCUAACACCUGCUACCAGUGGUGGUGAUGGUGUGUGUGUGUGUGUGUCCGUACCGUGAUGCAGUUUUAGUCAGUAAGCAGUUCCAAAAGGCGUAUGGCAAGUCAUCAACAUGAACGACAUACACGUAAAUUACGUCAGGACGCGAUUUUAGGUUAUUUGCGGCUCUAGAAUUAACUAAAACCCGGUGAAGGAAGAUUAAGGGAAGGCAAGGUGAAUGGAAUGACGGUUAUAUUGGACAGAUGUCCACCAUUAGAGUAACCUAGCAACGGGCGCGUUGGUUUCCUGAGAUUAUCGCUCUUACCGCGCACUAAGAGUGAUCACGUAUAGAUUAGAACGAUGUGCUUCGUUACUUUACGGAUGCGACAAGUGUUCGAGAGUGAUAUAGGCUUUAAGUGAGAACGAACGAAACACGUAACUAAGAUGGGGCGCAAAUCCCCAUCAGCCAACGUACCAGAUAAAAAACCGUAUCUUUUUAAACAUGAAUCCUACACAUGAAAUCGCACUUGCGACGUUGAAGAACAGGCUCACAGCAAUGAUGGGAACAUUUUUUCGAUAGUAAGCAAGAUAUUUGCGACAUUAGUGGUGGGCUAGAACGACUUAGUAAUGAACAUACUGAAAUGAUAAGCAUAUCGUGUAUUAUCGAGGUCGAGUGGGGUUGAUUUUUGCAUGAAAAGUCUUUUAUAUUUUUCCUAAACGAUCCCGAAGAACUUCGUAUUUGUGUUGUUUUUCAUUUUUGUGGAUAUAACUGGGACUGGCCAUUUUCAUUUAAGUGUACAAUGUCCCUGGUUCGUUUGAGUUUUAUUUUGUACACAUAAAAUGACCAAACUAUUUGAGAAGUAUCCCACAUAAUACAGUAAAAACACAUGAAGCAGAACUUUUUGCUUGUAAAUUUGAACUUUACACAGCAACAUAUUGCAUGCGUAUAUUUUUAUACUGGACACACACUUGUACGUACAAUGCAAGCAAAAAUGGCACGAAAGGAUGAAGAUCCAAGGCAUUUUUGGUGUGUUGUAAAGAUUUUUUCCACAUAAAUGAACAAAUUUUCAUCAUUAUAUGUAGUCGGAAAGUCAGCAGACCGUAUCGUUUGCGAAACGAAAAGGUAAAACUGAAAGGGUCCGCUUGGACUCGUUUCUGCAUAUCAGCAUGUUUGACCACCACCACCAUGACGUUCGAUACGAACAGACAUCCAAAUUUUAUCGAUCUACAGAAACUAUCAAUUUUGAGACCAAUUUCUUGUAACGAAAAUAGAGUGUGAUUUGUUUGUUUGCCUAUGGUUGCCCAUUUGUUACAGGAAGCUACAAGGGCUUACUAAUAUUAUUUCAAUUACAUUACCGUCUUCCAAAUAUUGCAACGAAUUUUCUUUUCCCAUUAAUCAAUAAUGUUGGUUUAUCCAAGUAUUUUGGAGGAAAGCACAUUCGAGGCUAUCCCGAUGCUUUCUAUUUGAUUACGACAACAAUGGGUUUUAUAAUGCAACGUUUUUGUUUCGUUCCCCUGAGGUUACUUUGAUCUAUUACUACAUCAAUUAGAGAAGAGAAACCGUAUAUCAGCAUUAGAAAGUGAAACGAUUAGCUGUACGUGUGACGAAACCCGAAAAACAUAAACAAACGUGUCAAACUGGAUAUGAAUGGAACAAAAUGAUAUAUAUGAUAUAUUAAAGUAAAAGCUUUUGAAAGCUACAAAUA